AUGUUGGCAUCCAUCGCCAGUAUAGUGGGCUUGCUGCUAGUAGGAGGCUUUGCACGCCCUUCUUACAACGCGCUCCCUUUCUCUGCAUUUGAUGCCAGUCAGGUGACUGCUGGUGAUACGAGUCUUCAAGUGGACUUGGGUUAUUCGAUCUACGAGGGAUAUAACAAUGCCACUACGGGUUUGAAUGUCUGGAGAGGAAUCCGCUUUGCAGCUUCCCCCACUGGCAGAAACAGAUGGCAAGCUCCUCAAGUACCUGAGACGGAGCGUGGAACAGUAAUCUCAGCAAAUCAGCAUGGACCAAUCUGUCCUCAGAACCAGAACACCGGCUUGACUUUUGUCCCGCUGAACAGUACUGGUUCGAGUGAAGAUUGUCUCUUCCUGAACGUCUAUGCUCCAGCAAAUGCUUCCGAUUUACCAGUCUUGGUCUGGAUCCACGGGGGAGGCUAUGGGCGUGGAAACGGUCGACAAGAUCUUUCUGCGUUAAUAAAUGCCAACAAUGACUCUUUUGUUGGUGUCAGUAUUCAAUACCGUCUUGGGGCCUUUGGAUUCCUGGCCAGCGACGAAGUUUACCGCAAGGGAAGUGUCAAUGCUGGCUUGCUUGACCAACAUUUCGGACUCCAAUGGGUACAGAACUACGUGCAUCUCUUCGGAGGUGAUGCGUCCAAGGUAACCAUCUCUGGUCAAUCUGCCGGAGCUGGAGCUGUCAUGCUGCAGGGUAUGGCGUACGGUGGCACCCUUGGUCAAUCACUAUUUAGGAAUUCCAUCGCAGCCUCACCAUAUUUGCCCAUGCAGUAUGGCUACAAAGACUGGCAGCCGUCCCAAGCGUACUACGCCUUUGCAACCAUGGUUGGAUGUGCUCCAAGUCUAGCAUAUGGCGCCCACCCGGGAACAAUUUUUGAUUGCCUGGUCUCCAAGGAUACCGACAUACUCCAAAAUGCAAGCGCAACCUUGAGCGAAACGGGAAAAUAUGGGACUUGGUGCUUCCUACCAGUGACCGACGGUUCAUUCGUUCAGGAUCUUCCCAGCCGUCAACUCUUGCGGCGCGAGAUCAAUGGGCUGAAUUUGUUGGCCAGCAAUGCUGCUCUGGAAGGACCGGCUUACACCCAGCCCAACAUCACCACGGAAAAUGAUCUGGUAGGUUGGUUGCGGUUGACAUUUCCAUCGUUUUCGAAUGAUGACAUCGCCAAAGUACUGCUAUACUAUCCCGGCUCCAAUGAUUCUGUUAAUCCGAAUGCUUCUCUGUAUGCUUCAUCGGGUACAAGCGAGCCUAGCUUCAUUACCCAGAGCAGUGUUGCGACAGGCCAGCAGCAAAGAGCAUUUGCCAUUUACUCAGAGACAACAUUUGUCUGUCCAUCAUACUGGCUCGCCGAGGCAUAUUCGGAUUCUGGAAGAACCUCCUAUCGUCACCAGUAUUCUGUCCCAAUAGCACUUCAUGGUACUGACGUGCCAUCAUUCUUUGGCCCUCCGUCACCCAACCAGAGUCCUGAUUUUGUCAACGCCAUGAUGCAAAUCUGGGGCAAUUUCAUUUUGACAGACAAACCCUCGAUACCAGAUCUUGUUGCGAAUGGCAUCUCUACGAAUAAUACGCAAACAAACCCGGCAUCUGAUUGGCCGCCGUAUAGGAUCAAUGCGCCAUAUCAGCUGAAUCUGAACCUGACCGGUGGCGAUCCAUAUCCAUUCAACUUAUCUUACAUCAAGGUCAAUCUGACUCAAUAUGGUGGACCGAACUUGAGGAACAAUAUCUCCUUGGUUGAUGCUUAUACCUGGGAGGCCGGAAGGGGUUAUCGGUGUGAUAUGUGGAGGAGUUUAGGUGCUAUUGUGCCAGAGUAG